UACAGCGUCCUGUAGUUCCUCCCAGAAGGCAGGGGGGUGAAGAGUCUACAAAAUACACUGUUCUGGCUGUACUGAGUGACCUCUGACCUCCUGUGGUCCUGACUCUUCUCCUCUGGCUGUACUGAGUGACCUCUGACCUCCUGUGGUCCUGACUCUUCUCCUCUGCCUCCUCACAGGGAGAAGAUGAUCUGCAGGCUCCUGCUGCUCUUCAUCCUCACCUCGUGUGUCUCUGCAGGAUCAUUUGUAGUGAAUGUGACACAGACCUCCUAUCAGGCCCAGGAGAACCACAGCAUCACACUGGAGUGGACCUUCACAGCAGAGACUGACAGAUCCUACAAACAUCUGAACAUCUACUGUGACCUGAUAACUGAUGAUGGACUCUUCCUCCUGUAUCGCCUUCAUGAUGGUGCUGAGGUCUCAGAGUCUCAGGAUGAGAAGUUUUCAGGGCGAGUCCAGAGUGACAAAGACGCCCUCAGAGAAGGACGAAUCAGACUUCAGCUGUCCAGACUCAGGACUGAUGACUCAGGCCGAUACAGGUGCCAGGUGAUCACGGAUGAUGGCCUCAGCUCUGCUAGCUGCAGACUCACCGUCACUGCAGCUGCUGAUCAGCUCCAACCUCAGAGACCAACUUUAACCCCACAAGAAGAGACAGGAGGAGGAGGAGGAGGAGGAGGAGGGGUGAAUGUUUUUAUUGGUGUGACAGCAGCAGUAUCAUUAUUAGCUCUGAUGGUGUGUGCUUUAAUUUGUUCUGUGCUGAGAAAGAAAGAGAAGAGACCAAACUUCUGUGCAGCUAAGCUGCAUCCACCAGCUCCACCUGAGGACUUCACCCCCCUGAACAAAGCUUCACAGGUGAACUGCUCAGUGGGAGUUUGUGUGGAACCUUGA